AUGGCGGGCCUGCACCGGCAGCUGCAGGAGUACUUGGCGCGGGGCGGCGCGGGCGGAGCGGCCGCCGUGGAGCCGCUGCUGGCGGCCGGGCGUCCGGAGGCGCCCGCGGCGGGCCGCGGGCCGGGCUGGCUGGGCCGGGCGGGCGCGGCCUGGCCGUGGGCGCGGGGCCCCGCGGGGCCGGCGGCGGGCCCGGCGUGCGGGGCCGGAGUGCCGCGCGCGCAGCGGCUGGCGUGGGCCGGCGCGUGCCUGCUGCUGGCCGCGCUGUGCUUCGGACUGGCCGCCCUGCAGGCGCCGGCGCUCGUGCUGCGCGCGCGCAAGUUCGCGCUGCUCUGGUCGCUGGGGUCGGCGCUGGCGCUGGCGGGCGGUGCGCUGCUGGGGGGUGGGGCGGCGUGCGCGCGCCUGCUGCGCGGCGAGGCGGCGCCGUCAGGGCCCGCACUGCUGUACGUGCUCGCGCUGGGCGCCACGCUGUACGCCGCGCUGGGCCUGCGUAGCGCGUGGCUCGCGGCACUCGGUGCAUGCGCGCAGGUGGCGGCGCUGUUGGCGGCUCUGCUGGGGCUGCUGCCCUGGGGCGCGGGCGCCGCGCUGCGCUGGGCGCUCGGGCACUGGAAGCCGCGCGCCGGCCUGGCCCCGGCGCUGCCCGUGUGA